AUGAACGGCACAGGCAAAAUCACUUACACGGCGGGCAAUGCCACCCAAGCAAAGCAGAGCCUCUUGUCCGCCGUGCCCGUUGACAACAACUCGAGCCUCGACUUUGUCAGCACGCAAGCUUCCGCAGCCGCUGCCGCAGCGCCUCAGGCAAGGUUCUUUUCUAUGGCUUCCAUGGCUCAGGAAGCGGAACCAUUUGCCACUCGUAUGGCGGUUCCGCUACCUGCCUACAUUGACGAAGCCGAUGCCGAUACUGAGGAUGCUGCUCCCGGCGCGGCUGCAACCGCGGGAGCCGACAAUCUCUCAGCCAUUAUCAGCACACAAAGCGGCAACGGCGCAUUCGACUCUGCCACCAUUGAGCGCGUCGUGUUUCCUAGCACUGGCGUUCCUGCCAUACCGGCGUUCAUCUCUUCUCUCGACGGUCGCGACAACGUCAAGGAGCAGAUCUGGUUGGCCGUGUGCGCCAUGGCAUACUUCCGCCAAAAGGAGGCUGAACGUGAGCGCGAGUGGUCUGGGGCUCGUGACAAGGUGGGCGAGUUUGUCAAAACGACUCUUUGCUGUGUGUUUGGUGUUGAUGCUGGUCGGUCUGAGGAAAUUUUGACUAACUCACUUGAUGACGCGGAGGGCUACUUUUGA